ACGCAUAAUAAUGUGGAGAUUGGAAGAUUUUCGGUCAAAUAUCAUUGGGUUUUAUUGUAUUAAAAUGAUACUUGGUGUGAGAUAUUCGAGUAGACGGGAAUCCGGUAAACGAUAGUUACAGUCUUGGCGCACAAUGUACUUGGCUUCUUCGGUGCCGCGAAAAGCUUUUGACUUCCUUUUCUACAUUCCUUCUUAUUUUUUCGUGGCUGAUGUUCGGAACUGGAAUUGUCCGUCCGGACCCCACCGCACCCACGAUUGUCACCUGAACACGAAAUUUUCACCCAUGGGAUAAAACCCGUCGCGAGGCUCGAAUGUCUCGUGGCUUCGUGAGAAUAUAGCAUCGGGCAUUACGAGUGUUAUCAUUGGCUUGUCAAACCGGUUGCUAUUGCUGAGAACUGCGCGACUUUACUGCAAGCCUUACAGCAUAUACAUAUAAGAAACCUGCGGAAGAAUGGGAAAGUUUGUAUCUUUCUCCUAGCCCCCCAUCAUGGACUCGGGACCUCCAGCACCACCAGGUAACAACCUCAACGCGGGGUUUCUUCUCGGUCCGUGGCUUGUCGGUCUUUGCCUCGAGUUGUACCUCCAGGGGAUCUUGUCUGCUCAAAUGUUGAAUUACUUUUCGUGGUACGGAAAGAACGACAGAGCAACAGUUCGAGCUUCUGUUGUGUUCCUUGCUUUGAUAACGACGCUCAAGUCAAUUCAGAGCUUGUACGUGUCGUCGUCAAGCGCCAUCGUCUGGGUCGGGCAGAUCGAAAACUUUGCAGAUAUUCAAGGCGCCAGUCGAAAUUUAUCUGGGGCGUGGUACGAAGCCGGAAACCCGCUGAUGGUCGCUCUCAUCAGCCUUUACGUUCAAUGCUAUUUUUGCUAUAGAUUAUGGGUUGUAUCAGAGAAGUGGUGGGUCGUCCUGCCCAUAGUCCUGGUAUCCAUAUUUGCUAUUAUCGCUGCCAUAUUGAUCGUCGAAAGAAUUGUUCAUUUCGACCCCACCACCUUGCCUUACUGGAUGUCUGCUCACUUCGCAGCCGUUUUCGUCACAGAUGUGCUGCUGACAGCGACAACAGCAUUUUUUCUCCUGAAAACCCGGAGAAAUGUUAUGCCACAAACUGUAGGCAUGAUCAACGCUUUGGUACGACUCACAUUUCAAACAGCAAUGCCUGCCGUCAUAUGUGCCCUUCUCACAUUGAUCUGCGUCUACCUUCCGACGGAUAAACCCAGAGUCGCGAACACCUUCAAUCAGGCUCUGCCCAAGCUGUACGCCAUCAGUAUGAUGUGGACCCUUAACGCCCGGAGGGAAAUUCGUGUCUUCUAUUACGGCGACUCGAUGUCCGGGACGGAUUCGCGGGCCCGGAGACCUACUGUCACGGGUACGGGUAAUUAUUCGAUUCAGGUUACCACUCGUACGGAGAUCCUCCAGAUAUCAGAUGCGGAUACAAGGACAGAGGUAACUACGGGAAAAGGCGAAAUUGAUGACGAAGAAUCGUACAUUCGAAAGCAGUAA